AUGUCGUCUUCAAUUGAUGAGAAUAUUCAUGCACCAUUCAUUCGUCAAGCUAUUAAACUUUCAUUAUCUGCAGUCGAACAUGGAAAUCAUCCAUUUGGUGCUUGUCUUGUAUCAAAAGAUGGACAAGUAUUAUUGACUGCCGAAAAUACAAUUCAUAUACCUAAUAAUGAUGUCACUCGUCAUGCUGAAUUGAAUUUAAUUAGUAUGGCUUCACAAAAAUUUAGUCGAAAUAUUCUUGAACAAUGUACAUUAUAUACUAGUUGUGAACCAUGUUUAAUGUGUACAGGUGCUUUGUUUUGGAGUGGUAUUCGAAAUUUAGUCUAUGCUCUUUCAUCUGAAACAUUAGGAAAAUAUGCAGGUCAUGAUGGCCUCUUAUCUUGUCGACAACUUUUACCAGCAGCUAAAUUUACUGUUAUUGGUCCUAUUCUUGAAGAUGAAGCUGUCAAAAUUCAUCAAACUUACUGGUCUUAA